AUUUUAAACUAAAUAAUGCCUGUUUUAGAGGUACCAAUGUUACAUGGCAAAUAUGAUUUAGAGUGGAACAUGGUGGAUUACAUGUAUGUAGAUCCAAAACAAUCCACUAGCAGUGGACCAAAUAUUAAUACACCAUCUACUAGUAGUGAACAGAACAUGUUUGGUGAACCCUCUACUUGUAGCGGACUACAAAUAAGUAGCGACAGUACAUUGACGAAAAGGGGGACACAAAAAUUAAAAAGCAUUCGAUUAAAACCUGUGGUAAUAGAAGAACCACCCACUAAUAGCGGAGCGAAAAUAAGUAGCGACAGUACAUGGAGAAAGAGCGAGCCACAAAAACUAAAAUCUAAUCCGUCAAAGCCAUUGGUGGUAGAAGAUAGAAAACAAUCCAAAGCCAGCACUAUUACAACAAAGCUGUCACAGUGGGCAGCUGCAAAAACAAGUAUAGAGGAGUUCAAAAGAACGCGCUUAGAAGAAGAGUAUAAGCUCAAACUUGAUCUCCUAAGACAAGAAUCAGAUGCAAGAGUGGCAAUGAUAAAAGAGGACCAGAAAGCUAAGACAAAAUUAAGAAUAUUGGGCACACAGCCAAAUUUGACAAAGGAGCAAGUCAAUGAAAUAUUUAAGAAAAUUUCUGAUAUGGAAUAGAUGUGUGUGGGUAUACUUGGUUUUGUUUUAGUAGGAAUAUAUAUAUUUUAGGCUUCUCUUUGAUCCUCUUUUAUUGGUAUUCUCAUACAUAUCUCUUUUGCUGCAGAUUUUCCAAGUGUCUUGUCUAAUUUUCAGUAUUUGGAUUUUUUCAUCUCUCAGUUCAUUCUGGAGAUAUGCUAUUUUUCUGUGCUUUUUUUUUUCUCUUAGUGUGUAACCACACGUGUGUUUUCUCUUAUGUGUAACCACACGUUGACUAUUCUGGAGCUAUUUCCUCAUGGCAUCAAAUGUAAAUUACUAAUUUAUUUGGGAAAUAAGCCACAAUUUAAGUUUGAAAUUAAAUUUUUUAGACGUUUUCCAUUUCGGAACUCAUCAAGUCUUCUAAUAAUUUAAUUUAAUCCGACGCGUUCAUAUUAUUAAUUAUGAUUUACACUUAAUUUAAUUAAGUAAUUAGGAAAGUAUUCAUGCCUCUAACAAAAUCUUGUUAUAUUAUUGUCUACUUCUCUUUCUCCUCCAUCAGAACAGUUUCAUUUUCUAGCUUUAGUAAUGCCAUUGCAGCUUCCUCUUUUUCAUCUAGUAUGGGUAAAUGGCAUUGCAAUAUUGUGUAACACUGAUGUUGCAAUUAUAAUUCCUUUUAUGCAUUCUAGGUUUACCUUUAUUCCAAGGACCAAUAAAAGAAACUGCUGUUUCCAUAUCCCCAAAUGUCCUUUCUAUUGGAUUCCUGGUUUCUAAUUUGUGACUCUUAAAUAAAUUUUCAGCUGGUGAUUGAAUAUUGAGUAAGGAUGUUAUCAGGUAUUUAUUGACUCCAUAACCACUAUUGCCAAUCAAAAGAUACUAGUCCAGUUCUUCACAUUCUCUUCUUCUACAUAACUUUAUAGAUAUGUUAUUAUCAAAAGCACCCAAAAAUGUUCAAGAUUUUUUUAUUCUAGGGAAUUGGGUAGGGCAUUUAAAUAAUUUGUAAUGUAAAUUAGUUCGUUUAAUGAUUAAAAAAGGUAAUAUGUAUAAAAGUAUUGUAAACAUAUAGUUAAUUUUAGAUUAAUAAUAAAUUAUAUAUUUCUAUAUAUAUAUAUAUAUAUAUAUAUAUAUAUAUAUAUAUAUAUAUAUAUAUAUGCGUAUUUAUUUACUGAUAUACCAUGUAUACUUAACAUCAACCUGUAUAAAACACAAGUUGCGUUAAAACAAACAAAACCAAAAUUAGAAUGAAACAUUAAGUUUGAAAGUUAACUUAUUUGGAAAUCAUACUGAAACCUUAAUUUCUUUUAAAGGUUGUAAUUGUUAACUAUUUAUAAUGGGAAAUAAGCCACAAUAUUAUUAAAAAAUGAUUUUUAUUUUAACGUUUCGACGCCCAAAUCGGGUGCCGUUGUCAAAAUACAAAAUACUACUAACAUAAACAAAAAUGUUGUUGCUUAGUAAAAAAAUUCUUCUAAUAAUUUAUUUAA